AUGCAGCAUAAUGCGAGAGAUCCUAGUAGCCUCGUCGCAUCGCGUGAACACAGUCCAGAUCGCAACACAUCGAUCAGGAAGACAUUCGCCCAAUUUUCGCCGACGGAUCCUAUCACUCUGCACAUACUGCAUAUUUCUUGCAAGCCGGGUUCCGUUUUAUUCCUUUAACGAAAGACGCUGCGCUGCCAUCCUGGAGCAGCAAAACACGUACACCGACUUCUGCGAUAUGACCAGAUAAUUUCGUGAUAGCUGUGCUGGACGAAGAUGCUGUUGGGCAUACACCUAUCCUAGGAUGAGCUCGGAUCCCCUGCUUCCCAUUGCCCCCGCCAGGGUUAGGGCAUUGGCUUUGCCCGUCGGCCGCAUCAAGACCGAGCGCUUCGCAUCUUUCGUCGAACGGCUUCGAGAAGAACAUGUUGUCUACUUACGCGAUGUCAGCCCGGACGGGCGUCCGAAUAGAAACAUGUUUUCACCCUUGGCCUUCCCGGACGGUGCCAUGUUCUACGACGUUGUCACCCACCUACCGCCCCCCUCACACCUCGCCUUGUCACCCUUCGACCUAUACCGAGAGCCCCUUGCAGUUAUCGCGAUAGCAGACGGCGCUGAACUCGAUCGGGGCGUCUUCAACAAGCGCAACUCGCCUAUGGCGCCGACCACUUUCGAACAAAAUAUUCGGGCGCUGUAUCAAGACCUUGAAGACCUCCGCGAUGGCUACGCGAAGGCGCUGGUUCAUAAUGUCGUUAUAUUCGAUUAUAUGCCCUCCACCGAGCAGCCGCUACCCCUGCCGGAAGGCAUCAUGACUAUUCCGCCGCCGGAACACUGCAAACGGACGACCAUGAAAACCGUCAUGUGCGACGUGUCGUCCCUUCUAUUGGCGGAAAUGACGACGCUGGCCAAAUCCUUCGAGGCCAUGACCGUGAUCGAGUCCCCAGGCUAUGCCUCGUCUGCUAGGCCCACGAAUGGUUCGGCAUGGGGGGGGGAUGAAUCUGCCUCGGCCAUGAGACGGAAUUCCCAAUAUUCCCUGCCGUCCAAUCCACAGCGAUCGAACUCCACAAGCGGCUUGCCCGAUCGAAGCCAGGCUCGCAUGUCCAUGCCCCCAGUCCCCUCCAAAGGGUCCCCGUUGCCGUCGAGCAGCUCGACGCCCCUUCGUCCCUCUACCCCCGUCCGAAGCGGGCUAUCUAACCCACCGACGACUUUCGACGAGAUAUCGGGCGGUAGUUUCAGCAAUCCCCCGAGUCCCGAGCAGAAGGGCGGUCCGCGCCCGGGAUCUGGUGAAUACGCCGGUAAAGCAGCGAUUCAGGACAGGGUCUCAGUUCAAGGCUUUGGGCCUGGUGGGUUGAAUGAACGCUGGAGGAACAAGGGCCGGGGAAGAGUCCUUGUCAUUCUGGGUUCGCUCUACCUCCAGGCUGGUCGUUGGAGCGACGCAUUGAAAGAACUCUCAGACGGUGCCACCGUUGCGAGAUCAAUAAACGACCAUAUUUGGCAUGGCAAAGCUCUGGAGCUGAUCGUGGUCAGCUUGUUACUUCUGGGAUGGGCGAAAAUCGAGUUCCAAAUCCCAACAGUCUGUCUGCCCCAAGACAAAGCUAGCACGGCGAUCCUGGCGGCGCAGGAAGCUGCUGUGCCCGAGGAUCCAUUGCAGCCGAAGCACCUGCGGCGCCUACAGCUUGCUUUGCCUGACCUCCUGGACCGCAUCGUUGGCCUGUACUCGCGACUUACUGCUGAGCACCUACCCCCCCUCCCCAUGGCAGAAGUCACUAUUCGAUGUUGCAAGCUCAUGUCGGCACUUCAUCUGGCGGACGGGAAACUGGGGGAUCGUGCAUUCGAAACGAUGGUUCUCGGCAGGCUGCCGACUCAGUCCCUGACGACGUCUCCUCGGCUGACGAUAAACCCCAGCCGCCAGCAGAUUGUGACUUUGCUCUUCCGCGCAUUCCCUUCGUCGGCGUCGGAACUUUUGACAAUUGUCGACAGGGCGACCAUAUUAGCGGGCAUUGCUUCAGUCCUAGGACCACUUGGCCAUCAGCGAAAGAAGGCAAUGGUCAUACGCGAGCUCGUCUCUGUGCUCAUCAGUGGUCUUGUGGAGGCGCGAACGCGCGGCGCGGCAGACGUCGGCAUCCAUCCUGCCGCGGGCUUGGUGGCCCUCAAUGCCGCUAUCGGGCGCGGCAACGGCUCCCUUGCCCUUGAGCUCGGUGAAGGCGACGUGGAGCAGGGCGUGGAUGCCUUUCUCGGCAUGCUCUGCAAAUCUUAUGGUGUCGUGGGCUUUGACAUGGCGCGGAAACUUGCGCAGAAAUCUCCGCCCGAGGACGGUGAUCAAGGCGACGAUUCCAACCAGGCUGUUAUUGCUAGGAUUGAGGGACAAUCGGCAGCCCGGUUUUUUGGUUUCACGGGGGUUAAGCUCAACAUCCUCAGAGCAUGCAUCAACUUCUCUGAGGCUCUCCCUGAUUUCAACGGGGUAUUGAAAUACUCCAGCGAUCUGCUUCGCUCUGCAGGUUCGGGUAUCGCUCCAGGUCCGCGAAGGGAAGAUGCGUCACCGUGCAUCGCAAGGGAAGAGCAAGUCCGCCUUGCCACCAACAUUUCGAGGACGUUCUCUCUAGCCAACCGAUUGGGACUUCAUCAUCUGGUGGCGGAGUAUUGGGACGAGUUCUUAGUACGGGGGGUAACAUUGGUAGCGCGCCCAAGCACGAGGGUGCCAGUUCCACAUGCCAAGGCCAUCUUGCCCGGGGCAUCGGGCGCUCGCACAUCUCAAGACGUGGACCCUUUCAUAUAUAAUCCUUUCCUCAAGAAGCCCGAUGACGCCGUCGUCGAGCACAUACUCGUCGCCAAUGAGCCGGCGACGUUCAAGGUCACUUUACAGAACCCUUUUGACAUUGAAGUGGAAAUCGAAAGCAUCCGUCUUGACGCCCAGGGCGUCGAGUUUGAGUCCUACGCCCAGGCCCUAGUCCUUGGACCCUAUCGGACCCAAGUCGUCAAGCUGGUAGGAGUGCCCAAACAAGUGGGCGCUCUCACAAUCACGGGUGCCGUGGUUCGCGUCCAUGGCUGCCGGGAGAGAAGCUUCCCCAUCUUCCAGCAGCCUUUCACCCCCAAGAACGAAGCAAAGGUCAAGGCUAUUGGGCUGGGCGCUUUGGAAGAAAACGUCUCCACCGCCCUGUCUCGGGAACCUUUGUUGACGGCGGAGAAGAUCGGCUUGACUGUCAUCAGCCAACAACCGGUUGUCGUAGUGAAGUCCACGACCUUGCCGCAAUCCUCCAUGAUGGUCCUUGAGGGCGAGAGGCAGCUCUUCUCCACCACGCUGGAAAACCUGUCGACAACAGUGGCAGCCGACUUUAUGCUUUUUUCUUUCGAGGACUCUACGCAAAGCCCGUUACAAGCCGCCAUCAACAAUCGAGAGGCAUCGCCUGCCGAGCUGUAUGAAUACGAGUAUAUCCUUAUGAAGCGACCGGCUCUGAGGAAAGUGACGAAAAAUAGCGCAGAAAAGCGGUACAUCGCUCCUGGAAGGACGGCCACGUUUGACUUUGAAAUCCUCGGCAAGCCCGGAUUGACAAAGGCGACUUUGCAAGUCGACUAUGCGCAUCUUGGGGUCCCCCCCGACGAGGUCGUGGACAAAUUCCACACACGACGGGUGUCCCUGGACCUGACCGUCACGGUCAACGCAAGCGUCGAGGUUGCUAGGUUCGACGUGCUACCACUUCACGGUGUCAUUCCACGCAACGUGUGGGCAAUGGCGGGAUGCGAAGGCGGCUCGCAGAAGGAGGCCUCGCCUGAGGAUUACUGUCUACUAACAAUGGAUCUCCGGAACGCAUGGCCCAGCCAGAUGCAGGUCCGGAUUGAAGGAGAAGACGGCGUCGCAAUACAGGAGCACAUCCUUCCGGGAAACACCACUCGAGUCAUGGUCCCCGUCCGACGACUGCACUUGGAAGACCCCCAUGCCUCCAUACCAGCGCUGAACCCAUCGCGACAGCGCCAGUUCGUUGUCAGCAGCAGCAAGAUAUCCCCAGACAUGGAGCGAGCGAACCGGGAAGCGUUCUGGUUCAGGGAGAAGCUGCUUGACAACCUCUCGGCCAAGUGGGAGACGGUGUCGGGGCCCAAACGAGCGGGUUUCGUCGAGCUGCGGAUGAUCCGGCUCAUACCUCGUAUGUUGGAAGCCCUGAAGGUGGAAGAGGUCGGAAUCGACAUUUCCGUGGCCAGUCAAGCUGCGCAGGCGUCGGAAGUGUACGUCGACGAAUUCGUUCCGCUCAAAGUCCGAGUAACGAACCGGACAAACCGCCCUAUCUACCCUAUGCUACGACUCAUGCCUGCGCUCUGCCAUCGGCCGCUCAACGUCGCUCUCGACUUUACACGGAAGUUGGGGUGGAACGGCACGCUUCAACAGCCACUCCCGCUGCUCGAUGCGAGGUCGAGCACAGACGUCGAACUCUGCAUCACGACGCUGUGUAGGGGCGAAUUCGAAAUCACGGCAUCGGUCGAGGAGAUCCAGGUCUGGGAGGAGCAGCCGAAGAAGGAGGAGAAGGAGGAGAGCGGACGCCCAAGAUCGGAUACGCAGACCAUGUUAGAGGCCGCCUUGGGUACUAAAGAGCGUCGUGUCUGGCACUCUCGGCAGCCGUGUAUUAUCACGGUCAAGGACCGCCCGUAGAUGGUCCUAUUUUCGAGCGAUGACACCUGCCUUGGGAUUGCCGGGGGAUGAGAUGAAUAUACCCUAAUCUCAAAAUUCCCUACCACGACGUCCACGCACGAUACAGCUUCUGUGCUUCAGCAUUGCAACAAGCAAGGGGCGUGAUAUGACAUGAUUCACCUUGUGAAUUGCCCAACUCUCUUACUAAGCAGGAUAAGGUAGCUCAGACAAUUUAUUACCUACCGUAGGUACUUUGAUGAUUCCG